AUGGGAAUCACAAAUGUAAUGGGGCCAAUGGAGCAGAUGGCCGUGGCUAAUCAUCCAAUUAACGGGCUAUACUUUGUGGUAACAGGGUCACCUCAGAGCCUUAUGGCUGGAAUAAUAAGCUACGUGGGAAAGCUUAGAGUUGCUUUGCUAGUAGAAAAAGACUUUAUUGAUCCGAAAAAGCUCAAGUCCGACAUAGAAAAUGCGUUUGACAUGAUUUUCAAAGAUGCAUUCAGCAAGUACUCCACCAGCCAAUUAAAGAUCCCAGCAAGCAAAGUAUAG